AUGGCUAUCGAGACUGCAUACGAAUACACGGCUAUCACAGCCCCCAAAACUAUCCGCUUAAUUCACAUUUCUCCCGGAACUGAAACCGAUCCUAUCUGCUUCUCUCUGGAGACUUCCCCACUGGAAUCCGCUCCCGAGUUCGAAGCAAUCUCAUACUGUUGGGGCAAUGAUCAGAAUCAACAUCAAGUCUUAUGCAACGGGAAACCUCUUUUCAUGCAGAAGAGCCUCUUUGGAGGUCUAUCAUACUUCCGUUUCCCAGACAAGACCCGCGUCCUUUGGGCAGACGCAGUAUGCAUCAAUCAGGCAGAUCCAAUCGAGAAGAGUAGCCAGGUUCUCCUAAUGCCACAUAUUUACUCGCAGGCUACGCGUGUGCUGGUUUGGCUCGGUGCUGCCACUGAUCCUGUUUUUGGGUCGGUCCCAGCUCAUACAAACCAAACGAUACAGCAAGGGCUUCAGAUGCUUCCCAGCUUUGACCCUGAGAAUGCAGCCGACAUGGCGGCUAAGACACAGGCCAUAUCCUACGAAGCGCUGCAGCUACGCGCAGAGGGAAAGCCCAAUCUCCUAGACCACGACUGGGAACCUCUGGUAGCGCUGUUGCGACGGCCGUGGUUCCGCCGCAAAUGGGUGGUGCAGGAGGUUGCGCUCGCAAAAGAAGCCCGGCUCCAUGUUGGCGGCGGAGUUGAGAUCCAAUGGCUGGAUAUAGCAAGACUCGCCUUCGGUAUGGAGUCGCUGGGUCUUGACAAGCCGUGGCGGUUGGAGCUUGAAAAGCCAAAACUGGAUGGCGACGAUGAGAAACUGGAUUCAUGGAAAGGCCGCGAUGUUGAAUUUCGACCUGUUUACGUCACAUUUCACCUGAUCACCGCAAUGUACAUGGUUCAAAUAUACAGACACCAUGCCACCCUAGUAGAUGGGGUCAUGAACACCAAGUUCUUCGACUGCACCGAUCCAAGGGACCACGUCUUCUCGCUUCUGGGUCUGGGUGCUGGUGGCCCUACGAUUCUGCCUGACUAUGAAGCAUCAGUUAGCGAGGUCUUCAGACGGUUCUCAAUAUCGAUGAUGAUAGAAGGGAAUAGUCUGAAAUUGCUUAGCCUAGCCCCUGACAGAGCACUCUUUGAAACUCCAGAUGUGCAACGGCUCAAAGAUUUGCCCACUUGGGUUCCAGAUCUGCGUCUUAUGAGGGCGGAUGUGAUGGCUAGUUUUACCGUCAGACCACAAGGAUUCUUCGCGGGUGGGCGCGGCAAACCAGUACUAAGAGUAUCUGACGAUGAACGCCUCCUCAACUGCCAGGGUUUGCUCCUUGACAGCCCUCAAAAAUUCGCUACGCCGCUUGUUGAAAUGCUCUUAGAAGAUAUCCCCGAGAUCCGCAACUCAUGGGAGACUGCGGGCGAUCCAUCGCCAGAGCGGAGGGAGAGGCGCUUCGUCCGAUGGCUCAAGAGCGCCUACCAGACUGCAUUUGGCCACGAUGGCGCCUGCGAUCCAAGUUUUGUACCAGAACCAGAGGCCGUGAGUUCCUUCUCGCGGACAAUGUCGUGCGGGACAGACUUCCUUCGUAACCGUCUAUCACCAGAGCAAGUCGCCACGAUAUGGAACUUCAUCCAGUGGAAACUAGGCUCUGAUGCCAACAAGGAUGAGGCCUCAGAGCGGGAUUCGACCAUAAAACUGAAUUAUUCAACCACCACUCGGGACUCUCUUCUUCUUCUGACACUGGGCGCGAAAUUCUGCGUCACCGAGUCAGGCAGAUUCGGCCAGGUACCGCUCAAUUCGAAACUGGGGGACCGGAUAUGCGUUUUGACUGGCGGCGAGGUGCCCUUUGUCGUUCGCCCGACAGGUAGCGGUACUUACACCCUUCUCGGAGAGUGUUAUGUUGAUGGCAUAAUGGAUGGGGAGGCUCUGCAGGAAGCUUCUGUUAGAGGGAUGCCGCUUGAGACUAUUAGCUUGGAGUAG